AUGUUAAGGCACUUGAAAGCUAUCCUUUCAGCGCUCAAAGUUUCAACCCAAAGCGUCGAUCAACUCGCCCAAAUCUUCGCCAAAUCCAUUACAACUGGUCUCAUCAACAGUAUUGUCACCUGGAAUUGUAUCAUUAGAGCCUAUUCUAAGAGCCCAACACCCAUCAAAGCCGUCUUCAUAUACAACUACUUCAUUAGAGCAUGCUCUAUCUCUCCUGAUAAUCACACAUUUCCUGCAUUGCUCAAGUCUUGCACUCGUCUACUUUCUUUACCAAAGGGCAGAGAAAUCCAUGCCCAUAUCAUAAAGGCUGGCCUAGAGUCAGAUAUUUAUAUACAGAAUUCUCUCAUUCAUUUUUAUGGGUCAGGAGCCAUGAUGGAAGAGGCAAGACUUGUGUUUGAUUUAAUGCCUCAGAGAGACUUGGCAAGUUGGAAUUCGGUUCUAUCAAGUUAUAGUGCAAGUCCAAAUUCAUGGUUUGAAGCCUUGGUUCUGUUUAAGACAAUGGUGGUUAAUGGCAUUGGAGUUGAUGGAAUCACCCUUGCUGUGGUAUUGUCGGGUUGUACAAAGGUAGGAGAUACAAGGUGUGGAAGAUCAAUCCACGGUUAUUUAAUAAAACUGGGCAUUAGACGUAACUUGAAAUUGGAGAAUGCAGUAUUGGGUAUGUAUGCUAAAGGUUGUGACAUGGAUUCUGCAAUUCAGUUGUUUCAUGAAAUGGUGGACAGAAGAGAUGUUGCGUCACAUACAAUUUUGAUCAAUGGCUACACAGAGUUGGGUUUAAUAGAUUUAGCUCGUUGCAUCUUUGAUCAGAUGCCUGUUAAAGAUUUGAUUUCAUGGAACUCGAUGAUACAUGGUUAUGUUAAGGCCAAGCGUCCAAAGGAUGCUUUAGAACUUUUUGAAAAAAUGGAGAAAGAAUUUGUAACACCAGAUGAGACCACUAUUGUGAGUGUGCUUUCAGCUUGCUCUAGCUUAUCUGAACUGCAAUUAGGAAGGCUGGUUCAUCAUCGAUUUAUCAUGCAAAGGAAUAUAAGAAUAGAUGUUUUUGUUGGAACUGCACUGAUUGAUAUGUAUGCCAAAUGUGGGAGUCUGGAGGAAGCUGUAAAAGCGUUCUAUAAGAUGGAGCACAAGGAUAUCUUCACCUGGACUGCGUUGAUCACAGGGUUUGCCAGUUAUGGGCUUGGGCACAAAGCUCUGAGAUUGUUUGAGCAGAUGGAAAAGGAAGGUAUAGAGCCAAAUGAAACUACAUUUGUUGCAGCUUUGACAGCAUGCAGCCGAUCAGGUCUGCUUGAGGAAGGCCUCCUUUUGUUUGGUAGGAUGGUGGAGAUUUAUAAAAUCCAACCCAAGAUUGAGCACUUUUACUGCCUGAUAGAUUUGUUGAGUAGAGGCGGGUUGUUAUACCAAGCAGAAGAGUUCAUUGAAGCCAUGGCCACAGAAGAUAGAGUUAUAGCCUACAAGACUCUGCUUAGUUCUUGCAUGAUUUAUUCUGAUAUCAGUUUAGGAGAGAAGAUUGCAGAACAACUUGUCAAGUUGGGUUCUCAGAACCAUGAGGUUUAUGUAUUGUUAGCAAAUUUCUAUGCAUUGACAGGAAAAUGGAACAAAGCUGUGGAGAUAAGAAGUAGCAUGAAGGAAUUUGAUAUGAGAAAGAAGGCAGGCAUCAGUUUUAUACAAGUGGAAAACAUUGAAAAUUCACAGGCAUAUGAAUCAAAAGAAAUGACUAACUAUCCAGUUUAA